AUGGACGGCCAGGGAACUGCUCAGCCUGAGCGGGUGCGCAAGCGGCGCCGCCGCACAAUGGCCUGCACCCAGUGCCGCACCCGCAAGUUGCGAUGCGAUCGCGAAUAUCCCACUUGCAGUCGGUGUCUGAAAAGCAGAACCCCAACCAAAUGCACGUAUGAGGAUGGGUUUCUAUGGCAGCAGCCCGCUACAGUAGCCACCACUGCAUUUCCAUCCGAUCGCGGUUCUGCAUUCAUUCCCAGAGUUGACCCGGCCCCCGUCAACACGCCUUCGGAUUCGGGAAUGCAGACAGCAUCUACUCGGACAGACCCUCUAUCGGCGAGUGCGCCUCGCGGGGCAAUGGCUGGUAGUCCAAUGCAUCACGAUUAUCACGGUCUUACCGGGAAUGCUCUGGCGCCCCCUUAUAGACAUUCGCCACACGAUAAAGAGCGAAAAGAUUGCUUUUUGGAAACGGUACUGGGUGCUCCCAGAGCCGCGGUCAAUCAGGAACCUUAUGUGAACACGGGUCUUUUACAGCGUCCUAAGCGCCCGGCGCCGGCGCCAGAGCAGGAUAUGCAAGGGCCAUCGCAAGUGGACGAUGAGCAUAUUCACGAGGCAGAAGAGGACCCGCUGUCGCUGGGGGAUCAGCUAGAUAUAUCCCCUCGCAUUAUGAUGAGAGGUCGUGAAACCAGAACGCGAUUCAGUGGAUCGGGGAUUUUUGCCAAUCUUGUAGCACAGUUUCCGGAUAUCAGAUCUUUUGCAGAGGAGAUCAGGCUCUCUACGCCAAUCUUUGCUCAACUUCAGCCAGACCUGAAGAGGGUGAAGCGCGGGCUAUUAAAACGCAUGGUGCUUAACCAGCCCUUCCCCGAGCCUACUACGGCUUCACUUCUUAGCAUGCUGCCCUCGCGCGGUGUGGUUGAUGAGCUGGUCGGUUUGUAUCUCACUUAUAUCGAGUCGACUUACCGCAUAUUCCAUGUCCCGACCUUCUUACGAGAGCUUGAUCAACUCUGGGCCAUACGAGAGAACCCAGCCACGAUAUCCGCUGCAUUCACAGCCCAAGUGCUGUUAGUUCUUGCCUGUGCAUGGAAUCUUGCGGACUUGGCCAAUCUUCAGUCAAAGAAUAUGGGCGAGCUUAAAUGUCAGACCGCAAUUGAAUGGACGCUGCACGCAGGAAAAUGGAUUGAUAAUCUCCACACCAAGCGUCCGGAAAUUACAUCAAUGCGACUUUCUAUUCUAUUAAUUUUGGCGCAAAACUCGCUCGGGAUGAAACGUAGCCAGGCUUGGCUCACAACAAGCACCCUGGUCAAGCAAGCGAUGAUGGCAGGAUAUCAUCGCGAUCCAAGCCGAUACGCACGGAUUUCGAUAUUCAACAAAGAGAUGCGACGGCGGAUUUGGACUACCAUCGUAGAGUUGGACUUGCAAGUCGCUCUUGACCGGGGAAUGCCACCAUCAGUACAGAGCUUUGACUAUGAUGCGUCUCCGGGGCUGAAUAUUUUCGAUGAUGAGCUACAUGAGAACACCACUGAGAUUCCUCAAAAUCGGCCAUUGGGCGAAAUUACUGACAUGUCGUUCCAAUCUGUGUUGAGUCGGUCGCUACCACUCCGUCUCCAGGCAUGUUCUCUGAUGCACUCCCCACGGAUCAGCUGUCGAUACGAGGAUAUUCAGCGCCUGGACGGGGAGCUCACCCGACAUCUUUCUCGGAUCCCCGGGUGGGUGACAGGGGACCCUAAUGACAUUGUCCUCCAACAAAAGGUGACUCUGUGGAAAGCUUUGAUUGAGACAAAACUUUCUCAAUGUCUACUAUCUGUUCACACUCCUUUCGCCAUUGAAUCACGACGAGAACCACUCUUUGCUUCUUCCGCACGCUCUCGCAUGGAUGCGGCAGUCAGGAUAUUGUCCACCCAGCGACGGCUUCACGAUAUUUCACGACCACUAUCGCUGUGUAUGCUUGGCGAAUGGACUCUCCACGCCUAUAUUUCCGUCUGCCAGUUGCUACACACAACGGAAUCUAGCACCGUUGCUCCCCUCUACCCCAGCUCCUCAGCUUUCCUUCUUCAUAAUAUUCCUGGUAUCCCAGAAUCACUCCUCUCGCUUGUUGAAACCACCCUGAUCGCGCUCGAAGAGCGCUCCCUCCAACUCACGAAAGGAGCAAAAGACUAUUAUUUCUUAUCAACCAUUGUUGCCCUCGUUAAAGCCCGACUUUGGCCGACACAAGCAUUGAUGUAUAAGCAACAGGUCGUGGAACGGGUUUUAUCAUUCGCGCAAGUCCUUUUCUCUCGACAUACGAACUGCGACCACCUCGGCGACAAGGGGUUGGGCAAUUUCAAGAACAACCAGCUUGCUGCAUUUAUGGCCGCCCCGGCCAUGGUGCCUGUCAUGCCGGCCGAGUUUGAUCCCGGUGGGAUGCUCCCGCCACCACAUCCUGGCUCGAACCAACCUGAUGAGUUUGACCCUUUCUUGGAGAUCUUCGAUUGGGAGGACUUGACAAGCAUGACGUUUCCCUGUUGA